GAUGCUAUCACGUUAGCUCGUAGCUAAAGUGUUUCGCCGAUGUAUUGUCGUGGAGAUAAAAGUCACUGUGAAUGUCCAUUUCGCGUUUUUGACUCUCAUUUUCAAGAGGAUAUAGUAUCCCAGGUGGUUUAAAAUACAAAUCCGUGAUCCACAAUAGAAAAAGGAGAGAGUGUGGAAUCCAAUGAGCCAGCUUGUACCUAAGUUACGGUCAGAGCGAAAAAAGAUACGUCCUGCACUGCACUCCAGUCCUUCACUCUCACGUUCCUCAUCCACGAAUCUUUCAUCCUCGCUCAAAUUAAUGGGCUAAUCGUCGCUUUCUCAGUCCGAAUCUCUCUCGCUCCAUUGUAAACAACGGGGAAUUGUGAGAAGUCCUUCCUCCUGUGACGUCACGCUACUUCCGGUACAGGCAAGGCUUUUUUUUAUCAGCGAGCAAAAGUUGCAACUUUAUCGUCGUUGUUCUCUACUAAAUCCUUUCAGCAAAAAUAUGGCAAUAUCGCGAAAUGAUCAAGUAUGACACAUAGAAUGGAUCUGCUAUCCCCGUUUGAAUAAAAAAAAAUCAUUUCAGUAGGCCUUUAAGAGACACCCGUCAAAGAUCCUCUAUAUGAGAGGAGUGCAGUAAGAAAGCCUGAGUCAGCAUCAAGUUGCGUUCCUCGUUGAUGUUUGCCAUCUUUGGGGCAGGGCUGGACGUGGGCGCGGUCUUGCCGAGGUCCUUCCCGCCGCUGUGUUGACGUGUGCCAUGGACUUCGUGGCCCACACGGCCCACCGGCAGUUCCUGGGCCUGCUGGCGGGCUGCCUGGCGUGGAUCGUCACCAUGGCGACGGCGGGCAUGGACGAGUGGCGCCUGUGGCAGGUGGAGGACGUGUCGGUGGUCACGUCGGGCGUGGCCUGGGUGGGCAUCUGGCGGGCGUGCUUCCACAGCCACGCCCUCCCGCAGGCGGAGCGCUGCCAGAGGAUGGGCGUGUCCGAGGCCUUCGUGCCGGCGGAGGUGAAGGCGGCGCAGGUGUUGAUGCUGCUGGCGGCGCUGGGCGGCCUGGCGGCCAACGUGGGCGGCUGCCUGGCGCUGAGGCGCGUCUACUUCUCGGUGGAGGAGCGCGGGAACGUGCGGGCGCUCUUCCUGCUGGCGGGGAGCCUCUUCGUGCUGACGGCGGCCGUCACCUCGGUGCCGCUGCUCUGGAACCUGACCUCGGUCCUCAACGGCGCCACCAUCCGCUUCCCUCCGCACUUCCUGCUGCCCGCCGCCCCCGCCAGCCAGCGGGUGGGCGCGGCCGUGGGCGUGGGCUUCUUCGGCGCCAUCCUGAUGCUGCUCAGCGGGACGUCGUUCCUGUGCUACCGCGCACCUGAAGACACGCCCCCCGGCCUCUGGACGCCACCUGCGGAAGGUUCUGGAAGAGCAGAGAACUUUGAAGGCAGGAAUAAUCCAUCUUUCCACGCGUUAUAAUCCACAUUUCCUGCUUCAAUUAACAACUUUAAUGUCAAAACAGGAAAAUAACAAUAACUUUUAUUUCAUUUUUUAGCUACUUUCAUGUCUUUUGGAUCCUCUCAUCAGAGCCUCUGUACAGAGUUUGGACAACCGGGUUUCACAGCUGGUCUCCAACAUGGCGCCCUGUGGUCUUAUGACAAAGACUAUCACUGAUUGGUCAAAAGCCCUCACGUGACCACCGGGC